AUGCGCUCGAAGCUUGCAGCUCAGAUUUCACUGAGCCACUACGCCGCCGUGCGGUGCAGCUUCGUUCUCCUCCUCCUCGACCUCUUGCUGCCUGGCCGCGUCCAAUCGCGAGAGUGGCUUGCCGCCGAGAUACAGCGGACUGUGUACAACGUGCGAACCAACAAGGGCAAGCACACGACAGAAUGUGUCACUUCCAUCAAGGACUCUGCCGUCAAGGAGCUAGCUGGCUAUUGGAAUACUUCACAAUUGACAAGUGAAGAGAAUGUGGAGAAGUGGGCAGCGAAGCUUGAGCCAAAUAGGAGAAGGAAAGGUGGUGAUGAUUUGAGGAAGAAAAAGAGAUGUGCGACGAAGAUGAGGAAGCGGCAACAAGACAACGAGACUAAGGAGCACGAAGAGGGAACAGGAGAUGAUUCAGAUGAGGACGGAGGUGUGCGAAUGUCUGACGUGGCUGAAGGGAAGGAUGAGGUCGAAGACCAUGAGAUGCAGGCAAGUUCGUCACUGCAUUUCGGGCUCACACUCAGACAGCGAGUCCCACAAGAGGAGCAGAUCCAGCAGCUAAGACAGUUUGAGUUACCGUUCAGGUAG